CCAUAAGUGGAAGUUUAUUAUUCAAAAUUACUCUGCCUUGUUCAACUUUGCCCUUUGUGUGUUGAUGUCACCAAUGCGCUUCAGCUGGAGAGGUCAAAGGUCAGUAGUUUUGUCCAUGAGAACUCAAAACAGCGAGAACAUUGAUUAUCAAAGUGCAAUCAGACAGCAGGGAUCAGUCUAAAGUUCACCACUCUGAAUCACCAACAGACUGCGAGACGCAGCAGAGAUUCCUCCGACCAAGAAGGACUGAAACAGGGAACAGCAGAAGAAGACAAGAAAAACAGAGGAUUACAUGUUGUUGUGACCAUCUCUGUUGUAACUGCAAUAGCAGAAGAAAACUGAAGAUACACUGAAGGUAAAGCCAAGGUCAGCGUUGGAGAAGAUGGACAUCCUUGAGACCCAUGCCUACGACAGGCGAAAGAAGAGAAAUCUGUCCUAUGCUCUCCUUUUUUCUCUCUUGCCUUUCUUUUUUGCCACAGCUGUGUACUUCUACCUGUGGACUCCUAAUUCCCCCGCGUCCAUUAUGACUGCAGGUGUCAAAGCAACACCAAUACUCCUAUUGGCUGCAGUUGUGCUGACCUGGAAUGGAGGUCAAAGUGUACUAGGUGUGGUAGGAGGACUAGUCUUCUCUGCUAUUGGUGACAUCUGCCUGGUAUGGCCUGAUCUUUUUAUCCAUGGAAUGGGUGCAUUUGCUGUGGCUCAUCUGCUGUACUCCCUCACCUUCCUCUCGGCUCGUUAUGCACCAAGAUCGUCUCCCUCCUGGCUCCGAUUCCUAUAUCUGAUCCUGUUCAUUGUGGGCGGAUGUUUCUACAUUUACAUAUAUCCAUAUCUGCAGAAGGAUAAAGACUCAGGUCUGCUCGUUCCAGGUGUGGGGAUCUACGCAAUGUUAAUUACUAUAAUGGGGUCAUUAGCUCUUAGGACCCGUCAUCUAGCAACACUGUUGGGAGCUUUGAUCUUCAUGGUGUCUGACAUUGCACUAGCUAUGCAACUUUUUAAGGCGACAGCAGACCUGGAGCAUGGUAACUCCAUUGUCAUGGUGACAUAUUACUUGGCACAGCUUCUCAUCGCUGUGGGCGAUAUAAAGGCAGUGGGUGAGGAAGAUGAUUUUUCAAAGUGGAAGAGCACCUAACCAGCA